AUGCUUUGUGCAGGUGGAGAGGAUGGUACUGUGAAAUUGUGGUCUCGAAAUGGAAUGCUUCGCUGUUCGUUCGAUUCGACUUCGAAUUACGUUGUUUUCCCGAAUUAUGAUCAUUGUUACAUAAGAUCCUUGAAGUCCCAGGCGACUCCACUGAAAUGGAAAGCACACGACGGCAUUGUGUUAUGCUGUGAUUGGUCCAAGGCAUCGGAGUAUAUGGUCACUGGAGGCGAAGACUGCAAAUUCAAAUUGUGGGACAGCUUCGGUCGUAACCUCUUCAUUUCAAUUUCCCACGAUUAUCCGAUUUCCUCUGUGGCUUGGAGCCCUGAUGGUCAAUGCUUUGUCGUUGGUACCUACAAUAUUCUUCUACUGUGCGAUAAAGCAGGGUGGUCCCAUUCACUUGAAAAACUCUCAACUGGAUCGCUGCUAUCUUUGUGCUGGUUUGACGACUCAACGCAAUUAGUUGGCGGCAGUGGCAGUGGCCAAGUAAUUCAUGCUCAGAUCAUAGAAAGGUGA